UCGUAUGUUGUCUUCCACAGGUGAUGGUCAACGGUCUACCUGGCAAUAUGAGUAGUGAAGUCUUAAACGUGGUAUUGCAAAGAGAGUUGCCUGUUGUUCCAUAUUCACUUACAGCGGAGAAUCAAAAAGAGUUUUCCUAUCACUCAAAAGUAUCUAAUCAACCCAUCACACUGCUAAGGCCUUCACAAAGAGCAAGCGAAAUAGAAAAGAUACUACAAGACUAUCCUCGUUUGAUUGCUGUGGAUUAUACCCAUCCAGACGCUGUCAACUCCAAUGCUUUGUUUUAUCAAAAAUAUGGCAUUCCGUUUGUUAUGGGUACGACUGGUGGUGAUCGUGAGCAACUUAUUCAGUCUACGGUGCAAUCCAAUGUAUAUGCUGUAAUAGCACCAAAUAUGGGAAAACAAAUAGUUGCUUUACAAACUAUGCUGAAUAAGAUGGCUCAAAGCUUUCCCGGUGUUUUCCAAAACUAUCGUUUACAAGUAACCGAAUCUCAUCAACAAACUAAAGCAGAUACUUCGGGAACUGCCAAAGAAAUGAUCCAAUCCUUUGUGAAAAUGGGUGCACAUUUUGAAUAUGAUAAAGACUUGCGAAUGAUUCGAAAUCCAGUAGAGCAACAACAAGAAUUGAGCAUACCGCCAGAGUAUAUAAAUGGUCAUGCCUUUCAUACUUAUCGAUUGACGAGUCCGGACAAGUCAGUGCAAAUAGCAUUUCAACACAACGUUUUGGGAAGAAAUAUUUAUGCACAAGGAACAGUUGAUGCAGUUGUAUUUUUAUGGAAUAAAAUACAACAAAAAGCAUCUCAAAAAUUGUAUAAUAUGAUGGACGUAUUAACGGAACAAAUUUCAAACAACUAAAUACUCAAUUUUUUUAGUGGCUGCUAGUCAAUUGAUAUAAAAUACAUCAUGAAUCU